AUGGCAAGAACCAAUAGUGGGCAUAUAAUCGAACACAAACUAGAAAACAAAUUGGAAGAUCAAAUGAAAGCUCUUUAUCCAGCUGUAAACGAAGUAGAGACUCCCUUACCCAGAGGUUGGUGUACAAGAGAAAGAAGUACCCCUUUAAGUUUCACAAAAGAGAAUAAAAGAGUGGAAUACAAAGGUUGGGAUAAGUUAACUUACAGUUAUCAUGGUGAUGAUGGAUGUAUAUUUUGUUCAAGUGGAGCAGGACAACCAUAUGGCCCUACAUUUACAACUGGAGAUGUUAUUGGCUGUGGUGUUAAUUUUUUAGAUAACACUUGCUUCUUUACAAAAAAUGGUCAUAAUUUAGGAUUAGCUUUUAAGGAUAUUCAAGGCAAUUUAUAUCCAACAAUUGGUUUACAAACACCAGGUCAGAUUAUAGAUACAAAUUUUGGACAACAUCAAUUUUUAUAUGAUAUUACCGAUAUGAUUCAGGGAAUGAAGAAAAAGUUCAAAGGAACAGUGGAAAACUUUCCAGUAAGUGAAAAUAAAGAAGUAUGGCAUAUAUUGCUUCAGAGCAUUGUACAAUCGUAUCUUGUACACCAUGGUUACUGUAACACAGCACAAGUCUUUGCCAAGAGUACACAACAAAAGAUAGAUGAAGAUCUCUCAUCAAUAAAGAAACGUAAAAAACUACAAGAAUUGUUACUAAAUGGUCAUGUAGGAAAUGCUAUAGAAAUGACCAAAGAAUUGUAUCCAGUUCUGUUUGAGAAAGACAUAAAUCUUCAGUUUAUGCUUGAGUGUCAACAUUUCAUUGAAGUAUUGAAAAAUACAAGCAAUACGAAUAGAAAAUUACCAAUUGUUCAACAAAAUAGUUGUUCUGUUAAUAACAUUAAGAGAACCAAUUGUACAGAAUCAAAAUUCUUCACAAAUUCCAAUAAAAAACUGCCAAAAGUAGAAAAUGAUAUAAAAAAUUCAUUAAAUACUAAUAAUAGUUUAAAUUAUCGAACAAAUUUAGAAUCAACCAAUUCAUCCUGGUUUUCCAGUAAUUACUUAAAUAGUUCAAAUAAUUUGCCUGUGAUUUUACCUACAUCUAUAUUUAAUACAAUUUCUAAUAUUCCAAGACAUGAGUCAUAUAAAAACAUGACAGAAAUAACAAAUUCAGAGUAUAAAGGCAGUCAAGUAAAUACAGAAAAGAUGCUACAGUUGGGAAGAAAACUUAAUACUAUGAAUAAUUGGAUGAAAUCAAUUCCAGGGUAUAAUGAAAUAAACAAUGAUAUGUUACAGGAUGUAUUUAGUUUGGUUGCAUAUGCUGAUCCAGUAAAUAGUCCAUUAGGAUAUCUUCUUCAUCAGUCUGAAAGAGAGAUUGUCUGUGAUAAAGUAAAUAGUGCAAUAUUAGAAAAUCUACAAUUUCCAAGAAGAUCAGUUUUAGAAGUAAUCAUUAUACAUACAAGACAACUAAUUCGACUCAUGUAUUCAUUGGGUUAUGGACAUUGUGCAUUUAUUAAUGUAGACGAAUUAUUACUUUAAUUUUAUAUACAUAUAUAUUUAUAUUUUAUCUGCUUUUAAACAUUUAAAAAUAACUUAAAUGUCUAAAUAAUUUAAAUAUAUUUUAAUGUAAU